GUAGUCCUGAAUAGGACUGUUGUUGUUGACAGUGACUGACGUUUUGACAACCUGUGCGGUAGUCAUCUUCAGACAGACAGGGAGCAGUAUACAAGAUCAAAUGCUGCGACUGCCAGGCUUCUUACAUUGGUGAAACCGGCAGAAACCUAAGUACGCGACUGACCGAACACAAACGCGCGACGAGGAAUGGUGACGUCAUCAAUCACAUUGCUGAGCACCAUUUAAAGACGAAACAUCAAAUUGAUUGGGACAUGUAUAACGUAUUCUACAGACUACUAUCAACGUCUUACUUUAGAAAGCUGGUUUACUAACUUAGAACAAACGCCACUGAAUCGUAGCCAACAGUUACCAGCGCCAUACAAACGACUUAUUGACGAGAUCAAGGAAAACUAACUACGAGAGAACAACUGGAGAACUGACAAUUUGACUAACAAUAGACGACUGUUUAACUGUGACAAUAGACGGAUCGAAACGCACCAAUCACUGAUCAUGAGUCUUCAUAGCCAAUAACAUCACAGCUUAACUGACAGUUGACCAAUAACAUCGCGACAUAAUUGACCAAUCAGAUCAAUAACCAGAGUAUAAUACCAUCAACUGACGUGACACAACUCACUUUGACUCUGAAGAUGACUACCGCACAGGUUGUCGAAACGUCAGUCACUGUCAACAACAACAGUCCUAUUCAGGACUACAUUAACCCGGACGAUCAAACUCAACCUUUUGAAAUGACUCCUGGGUUCAAAACUUUCACAGUUUUACAUCAGUUGAUGGUAUUAAACUCUUGUUAUUGACCUGAUUGGUCAAUUAAGUCACGAUGUUAUUGGUCGUCUCUCAGUUAAGUCGUGAUGUUAUUGGCUGUGAAGACUCGUAAUGUAAUUGGUGUGUUCAAAAACCAGGUGUCAGAUGCAGGGUUCUCAAUAGAAGGCGGCACCCGGCGAUUGAUCGCCACUUACUUUGGGAUUUAUAGCCGCUUACUUUGUGUUUAAGUCGCUUUUCUUUGCUUUGUUUUGACACCUCUGGCUUUGCUGAAGAGCCUCCUACUUUAUCAGUGAUCACCUCCUACUUAAAAAUCUAUUGAGAACCCUGCAGAUGGACACCUGGUUGCCCACUACCUAGGCUAGGCUGAUGGUGUUCAAAGCUGUGCUCUAAGGAAAAUAUGAAGGAACCCAGUGCUCUGAACCUGUAAAAUCUAAGGUCCCCAGCAUAAUUGAUCUGUAUGAACAGACUAUCAUUUUCUGGUCACCUGAGAACAAAAGUUGGGUUAGGGGCCAUGGAGCUCUGUUAGAGCACAAAUCCUUGAUGGUGCAACUAAAGAAUUUCUGGUGGACAGUCAGCCGAUGUUAUAAAAAGGCUUUUCUAGCAAUGCUUUCCUUUUGUACCAUUAAAUUCACCAAUUCAUGUGAAAAUAAUAGUAAUCGAAAUGUUCAGUUUGUGCUAACACUCAGGUAUAUUUUCUAAAAAACACUCCUGGGCCAGUAUUUUAUAAGUUCUUUUUCAAGGCCCAGGAAAACUCCUUAAAAAUUCUCUCUGGUUUAGAUAUUUUUGGAACAACCCUGGAAGUUUUAAAAUUGUUGAUUGUGGAGGCAAUGAAGAAAUAAAGCCUCUUAUGGUUAUUGAUUAAUUUGUUUAUUUGUUUAUUCAUUCAUAUAGUUCUUCAUUCAAAAUUUAAGCUUCAUUUUAUUGACGGUUCUGAUUCCAGGAAUUUGCACAUCUGUACUCUUGAAAACUCCUAGAAUUUUUUAUCUUCUUUUUAAUGUAUCAAUCCUAAAGAGAUAAUUUGGAAUACAAGUACAUUUUUCUUAGAUUUGCGCUUGAAUUAGCCUGCGCGUAGACAAAACUAAACUCUGUUAACCAGAGUUAAUUACUUUUGUCUGUGCACAGGCUACACUUGAAUAGACUUAUGAAUGAAAAUUAUAGGCAUCUGAAGUUUGUUAUUAUUUUACUUGCUUUUGCAGUAGUCUACAGUCUUUUGCAAAUGAAGUCAAGAUGGAAGUGGAUAGUAACUGUGAUGCUGAUGAUGACAUGAUGUCAACCUCAACUCCAAGCAGUCUUGAUGAUCUGUUCGGAGACUUUGACAUUGAUGCCUGUCUCGCAAAUGAUGGAUUACCUCUUUAGGUACACACUUAGUGCUAAUUUUUAGAAAAAAAGAAAAGAUAGCUUGGGGAAAAUUAAAAAGAAAGCAAUGUUAUGGUAGCAAACUUUAAAGGUUUAUAGUAACUGUUUUUGCAAAGAUUUUAUUAAUUUUUAUGUCGAUAAUUUGAUGUGAUAGUACCUCAACACCUUGUGGCUUGGAUCCAUUUUUCAGCCUCCUUACCCUCUUAACUUUGGGUCACUAUAAUUAUGCAAAACUUUUAGAAAAGUGAUAAGUAAUUGACAGACAUUUGACUGAUCAUUUACAAUUUAUGACCAAGAAAGAAACCAGUGGUGCAUUGUGUUAUAUACUGUAUAAAGGAAAAGGAAUUUUAAUGCCUUGAGCACUUUGUGACAUUUUAACAUAAAAGAUCAUUGACAUCACCAUGAUUUGGUAAAAUACAAGAGUACUUUUGACGUCAGAAAAUGUUUAUUAAUAUGCUGUUACCCAAUGAUGAAUGAUGGCCAUUUUUGCAGUCACAUUGUUAGUCUGCGAUCAAAUUUUUGGCAACAACGAAACCUGGAUUAGUUUAGUUCCUGUAACUCUUUCCCUUACCUUUAGUCUUUUAGCGACUUAUGGUUAUUGAUCCAAUCCAGGUUUUGUUGACACCUAGCAAAUUCUAAUGCAACUCUAGAUCAAAGACAGGAAUUCCUAGAGUCAAACAUAAAGACAGUUGGGCAUGCCAGGUGAUUUCACUGCUGUAUUGAGUGUUGAAAUUUCAUUUUUGCAAUACCUGAUAAAGCCUCAAAGAAUUUUUCAAAAUUUUCUCUGUAGCUGUGGGGUGGGUGAGAAAGUGGGGUGGUAUACCCCAGUGAGACCUUCUAUGUAAAAUAGCCUCUUUAGUAGGGCUUUGUUUGCCACAGAGUGCAAAGGGAAGGACUGAUAUAGUAGUGAUGAGCGAAAGCAAAGGCAAGUGUGAGAAAAGAUUGGAAAGGUCUGGGAAGAUGAAGGGUCCUUCCACUCUUUUCCUCUUCUGUUUCUUCCCCCUGUUCACUCAUCUACACGAGCUGAAAGCCUGGAACAGGCUAUAUUUCCCUGAUUAUAUGAAAAUAAAAUCACAAAGAACCUAGAAUCCAAAUGAAACUGACUUUUUAGAGUCCUUAUCAGUCAGAGCUUUUACAAGGCUAGUAUUUAUAUGAUGUAUUUUUGAAAAGUGGAGGAAUUUUCAGCCAUCUGUUUUGAAUGAAAG